CGGAAGCACGUGUUUGGUUUGUUGACAGCUUUUUUUUUUCCAUAGAAGGGAAAUGUCGUCAAAUCUUGGUAAACUCUUCGAGUAUAUGUCAUUUGUAGGACAACUGAAGAGAGUGAAAAGAACAGGCUGGGUUCUGAAAAAUGUGACAGAUCCUGAGAGUGUAUCUGACCAUAUGUACCGAAUGGCCAUGCUGUCGUUUGUUGUUGAUCCUAAAACUGGAAUAAACAAAGACAGGUGUAUAAAAAUGUCGUUAGUCCAUGACAUGGCUGAGAGUAUAGUGGGAGAUAUCACACCAGCAGACAAUGUUUCUAAAGAGGAGAAGUUCAUCCGAGAGGAGAAAGCCAUGGAGCAUAUAACAAGCCUAGUGAGUGAGGAUGUGUCACAGGAAAUCAUCUCAUUGUGGAAGGAGUAUGAGAGCCAGUCAACGAAAGAGGCAAGAUUUGUGAAAGAUCUAGAUAAGUUUGAGAUGAUUCUACAGGCCAUGGAGUAUGAACAACAGGACAAGCGACCGAAGGCCCUACAGGAAUUCUUUGAUAGUACCCAUGGAAAAUUCCAGUCACCUCAAGUCAAAGAAUGGGUGGAAGAAUUGAAGAAUAUACGUGAAGAAAAUCAUAGAAAUGAUAAAACAUGAUAUUUAUGUAAUGGACGUUAGAUCUGAAUUAAUGGACAGCUGGAGAGAAGUUUGAGGCUCCGCUACCGAGAUCUAUAUCACCAGAUGUUACACUCAGUGUCUGCUAGACAGCAUGAAGCAUCAGUUUGGGAUGAAAUGACAUUUUUCUGAAGAAUCCCUUGAGAUGAGUGAUAAUGGUGGACUGGUUUCAGGAAUGCUUUUCAGAGGACAUUUAUGUUGGCAGUAUGUUCCAUUAUACAUUGUAUAUACAUAGACAUGGGCUUGACAUAGUAUAUAUCACUGGUAUAUAAGAUGAUGACAGCAAGUUCUGCUUUUAUACAAUAAAUUUUACUUUGAUUUACAUUGUGGUAGAUAUAGGUACUUUCCAUAGGACCUAAAGUAAAAAUAAUAUUAAGAAAUGAUGAACUGGUUUGUCUGCUUAAAUAAACAAGCCCCUCUACACUGAAAUGUACCUCAGGCUGGUGGGAAUUCCCUGUAAGCUUUGUACUCGGAAGGUACUUCUGCCUAAGAUUAGUUGCCAUUUACUUGCUUUAGAGUAUAACCUUCUAAUCCAUGAUAACUUUAGCGCCUUUAUAAAAGAAUAUAUAUCAAGCAUUUUCAAACCCCCUUCUGUAUAGUCUUUUAUGAUAAUGUCCUUUUCACCUUGUCUACUUUACUAUUCCAAAGAAAGCUAUAGAGUUCUGUGUUUAGCCUUCUGAUAAAUGCUAAGUCAGGAUCAGGUAGAGCUAUAAAAAGGUGGUUAAAAUUCCCUGUAAGCUUUGUACUCGGAAGGCGAGAGAUAAGUCUCGGUGUGGACAGGAUACUCCUCAUGGCUCCGUUCUACUAGUUAGCUACGUAUAUAUACAUUGUAUCUCAGUUUAACAUUUACACCUGACAUGUAGGUCAUGGUUUUGAAUAUCAUCUUAUGACUCUGAUCCAUAGAUAUUAAAUCUUUCAAAAAACUGUCAGUUAUUUUGAAAGAUUAUUAUCUAUGGAUCAAAGUCAUAAGAUGAUAUUCAAAACCAUGAUACAUGAUCAUGAUACUUAAAAAUUAAAGGAAAUGAAUGUUUGUGAAAUAACUUAUUAUUUUCCCUUCCUAUCCACACUUGAUCAAUCGUAGGUCGUGUUGAUAAUAAAUGUUAACAUUCCCACAGCACAGAUCCUAUAUAUGACAACUACGAUGUAUGAUAUAUCCCUGUGUUGACAUGGGCAGUUAGGCUGCUGUGUAGUAAUACAUUGAUCAGAGUUCAAGGGGUCAUUAUGUGCAUUUUGGAAAGAUAUUGUUAUCAAAUAUUAAACUUGGUCAAUAUGAGAUAAAUAUUGAAAUUAAAGUAUUUGAAAAUAAUAACUGA